CCGAUAUUUGGAGUUCCCGAACUAUUUUUACUAGUUCAAGAUGUCGGGCUGGUUUUCAAGGACUUCUAAGACUCUUCCUGACUGCACAGGGCCCUUUUCAGUCGGCUGUGCCGACAUUAUGUUUGCACAAAGCGAAUCUUUGAAAUUCGGCAGCUUCAUUCGACUGUUUUAUCCUGUUAGUCCAAAGAGCAGUGACUCAGCAAGUAAUCCAAAGCAGGCACUGUGGUGCCCUAGGAAAGAAUAUUCCAAUGGACUGGCAAGUUUUAUUAACAUGAGCUCUUGGUUGUUUGGAAAGCUGAUACAUUGGACCGUAGGUAAUGUAGUUAUCCCUAUAUUUACCGAAGACAAGUCAGCUUGUGCAUCUUAUGUUCUUAAAGAGAGUGAUUCAGGAGAAAAGACUGAAGAAUGGCUUACAUUUUACAAGAAAACUGACACGGAUGAUGAAUUUAAAUUAAGGAAUACUCAGGUAUGUCAAAGACGUGAUGAAUGCAUAUCUGCAAUUGAUAUUCUUGAACAUCUACAAGAUGGAUCGCUACCUAAAAAUAUCAUGCCAAGCACACAAGACUUUGAUUUACAGCAAUUCAAGGGUCGCCUUGACCUUGAAAGAUGUGCAGUGUUAGGYCAUUCCUUUGGRGGAGCUACAGUUGUUGCUACUCUUGCUAAAGAAAAGAGAUUUAGAUGUGGAAUUGCACUUGAUGUUUGGAUGUUGCCUCUGGGCAAGGAGAUACAAAAUGAAGAAAUUAACCAACCGCUUUUGUUUAUUAAUACCUAUCAUUUUCACAAGUGGAAAGAAAAUGCAGAUGAACUGAAGAAAUUGAUUGAWGUCAAAAAAGAUACAAGACCCGUCAUUGCUGUCAAAAAAACCAACCAUAUGUCGCAAAGUGAUGUUGUAUUUGUGUUUCGCUCAUAUCUAUCAUGGUUCAGUACAUGGAAGGCUGACAACUUAGACUCAGAAUUAUCAGACAGUAUUUAUAAGAAGGCUAUUUGGGCGUUUCUCUGCAGAAAAUUAGGUAUGGGAGACCCACCGACGAACGACCCAGUUCUSGACGGCGGUGACGAGCAUGUUAUCAUAGGUUUUGAUGAUACCAAUGUUACUAAAAGCCAGGCAUCUCAACUUUGACAAUAAAUUCAAAUUAUUAUUUUUUAUACCUAAAAAUGCGCUCAUAAAGGAUCGAGUAUGCUGUUGUUUCAGAAACCAAAUUGAAUACUGAAUAUACAAAAAUAACAAUUUUAGCCCAGUGUAUGCGCUAGCUGCGCUUCAAAAUGACAAUGUUAAACUUAAGAAUUUCGUUGUUCACAAGCAAAUUAUUAUUAAUACUUUUGAAUCUUUUGAGUAAAAUUGAUUUAUUUKUAACCGAGCUUUCGUCCUAAGCAGCCACUUUCAAGGUUGUAGUACACAUGAUGAUCUAAUCUUCGUAAAUCUUCGCAGCUCAGAUGAAAAGCGUUUGAGGAAACUGUACAAUACGCGCGCGCACAAAURAAAGRYAGUGAAUCAAAAUAUAGCAAAUGCAACAAAUUAGAWUUUUUUUAGAAUAAAAUUUUAAUCUUAUAAUUAAAGAAAUAUCAAAAUG